UUUCCCCAAACUCAGGCUUAGCCGUGCGCUCGCGUUCGUUCCCGGGUUCCCUGGCCUGAGAGCUCGGGAGGCUGCGCGCACGUUGCCAGUCCGGUCCCCGCCCCCAGGCGUGCGCGGCUCCGGGAUUUCACAGCCAUGUGCUCGUUAAUGUCGAGCGCUGCUGGCGGCCAGGGCGCCCUGGAGGAUGAGGAGGACCCGCCCGAGCUGUCAGACAGCGGCGACGAGGCCGCCUGGGAGGACGAGGAGGAUGCCGAUCUACUCCGCGACAAGCAGCACACCCCCUGCCUGUUCUGUGACAGGUUAUUUACAUCUGCUGAAGAAACGUUUUCACACUGCAAGUCUGAGCAUCAAUUUAAUAUUGAUAACAUGGUCCAUAAACAUGGGCUUGAAUUUUAUGGAUACAUCAAGCUAAUAAAUUUCAUUAGACUUAAGAAUCCUACAGUUGAGUAUAUGAAUUCCAUAUACAACCCAGUGCCUUGGGAGAAAGAAGAAUAUUUGAAGCCAGUAUUAGAAGAUGACCUUUUACUUCAAUUUGAUGUAGAAGAUCUUUAUGGACCGGUAGCAGUUCCAUUCUCAUACCCCAAUGGGCUCAGUGAAAAUCCAUCUCUUGUUGAAAAACUGAAACACAUGGAAGCCAGGGCAGUGUCUGCUGAAGCUGCAUUAGUGAGAGCUCGUGAGGAUCUGCAAAGAAUGAAACAAUUUGCUCAGGAUUUUGUGAUGAACGCAGAUGUCAGAACCUGCUCGUCAUCUACUGUUGCCAUUGCAGACCUCCAGGAAGAUGAGGAUGGUGUUUAUUUCAGCUCAUAUGGGCAUUAUGGGAUACAUGAAGAAAUGCUAAAGGACAAAGUAAGAACAGAAAGUUACCGAGAUUUUAUAUACCAAAAUCCACAUAUCUUCAAAGACAAGGUGAGUAGCAUAGGCUGCAGAACUGUAAUUCUCUCUAUGUUUGCAGCUAAAGCUGGAGCAAAGAAGGUUCUUGGAGUUGACCAAUCUGAAAUACUUUACCAGGCAAUGGAUAUCAUAAGACUAAAUAAACUUGAAGAUACUGUUAUACUAAUUAAAGGAAAGAUUGAAGAAGUCCAUCUUCCUGUAGAAAAAGUGGAUGUUAUUAUAUCCGAGUGGAUGGGCUAUUUUCUUCUUUUUGAGUCUAUGUUAGAUUCUGUCCUUUAUGCAAAGAACAAAUACUUGGCAAAAGGAGGAUCAGUCUACCCUGACAUUUGCACUGUCAGCCUUGUUGCAGUAAGUGAUGUGAAUAAACAUGCUGAUAGAAUUGCCUUUUGGGAUGAUGUCUAUGGCUUCAACAUGUCCUGCAUGAAGAAAGCAGUUAUUCCAGAAGCUGUUGUGGAAGUUUUAGAUCCAAAGACUCUUAUUUCUGACCCUUGUAGUAUUAAGCAUAUAGAUUGCCAUAUGACAUCUGCCUCAGAUUUGGACUUUUCUUCAGAUUUCACCCUGAAAAUUACAAAGACAUCCUUGUGCACGGCAGUUGCUGGUUACUUCGAUAUAUAUUUUGAGAAGAAUUGCCACUACAGGGUCGUGUUCUCUACGGGCCCCCAGAGUACCAAAACACACUGGAAACAAACAAUAUUUCUACUGGAGAAGCCAUUUUCAGUUAAAGCAGGUGAAGCCUUGAAAGGAAAGAUCACAGUCCACAAGAAUAAGAAAGAUCCACGUUCUCUCAUUGUGACCCUCACAUUGAAUAAUUCAACUCAAACUUAUGGUCUCCAGUGAGAAGUCCACAGAAACACAACUAACUUGCUGUUUUUAUUGUGGGGGUAGAGGGAGGAGUUGAUGGGAGCACAUGGAUGUUGGAUCCUUUCCUAAUGAUUCUCAAUGCAGGAGAAGCUUGGUAGGAAUCUGAUGUGAUAAGGCUAAGGAAGGGAACCCACAGAUCCUAGUGAUCCACCAGAUAAUCACCUUCUGGGAAGUCUGGUUGGUGUGCUUGAGCCAAAUGCAAGCCCUACAUUGAGGUUAGCUAUAUUGAAAAUCAUGUAUAUUGACCUAAAAUUGAAACACAUAGUCUGUUAUUUUUAAUAUGUUUCUUAAUGCAAAUUUUAGACACUAGUUGAUUUUUAGUGAUUUAGAUAAUGUUUAUUAAACUUGUAACUAUACACAAGGUAUUACACAUUUUAUUGCAUAUCUCCUCUCUGAGGAGGAGGGGGGGUUUUUAAUUGUAUUAUUUGCUAGACUAUCAGGACAAAUUAGAUUAAAGAGCAAUGGUAAGGGACUAAAAUAUGGAAAAGAGGGCAUCACGUAAGUCAUAUUUGAAGACAGCUUCAUUGAUUAUUCUAGUUCUGUAAUUCUCAUUUGGUAGCUUCUUCCUCCUUUGCAAAUUCAUUAGCCAUAUACUUUUCUAGUUUUGCCCAGAGAAUCUAAUUUCAAUACAUUUAUCCUAGAUUUCAUAAAAGUUUUUAAAGGUUGAGAUAAAUAUGUACUUAUUUACUAAUAUAAUACCUUUCUUGAACUAAAUGUAUGUGCAAAGUUAAACAUGUAACAUAAUACACUUAUAUCACUAUGCAAUUGUGUCAUUUACAAUUCUUCAUUCAGUUUGAAACACGAAAGAGAAAAAAGUCAAUAAAAUGUAUAUACAACAGCCAUUAGCAUAUAAAAUGAUAUUCCAACAUAUUAAAGCCUUUUAUAAAAUCACAAGCAUGUAAAACAAGUCUUAUCAAAGGAAUCAUUUUGAGGAAAACAGGAAUUUUAAGGGGAGGUGGGUCAUAUGCCUCUUUUCAGUUCAACAGCUGGUUCUUUUUCAAAACCAAACAUACCCAAGACAGCAUAGCAUAGUGUUGGGACACAUGAGCUUCCCCUCAGGAGUCAGUGCCUAUGUUCACGCCUUGGCUCCAGCUCUUACUUGCUAUGUGAUCUAGGUUAUAUUCUUUAGCCUCUCCCUCCCUUCAUGAAUGUGCCAGUUCCCGAGUUAAUACAUUUCAACUACUUAGAUCAGUGCCUGACAUACAGAAAACAAUCAACAAAUGCUAUGUUAUAGUUUCAUCAUACAGUCCAAAAAUGUGUGGCAUUUACAUGAAUUAGAUUAGUUUGAGAAUUGUCAACGCAUUAAAAAUGCUACCCAAGUACAUGAACGAGUAGGAAGAGUACAGCAGAAAUUGAUUUUUAAUAUAACAAAAACUAUAUCAAGAAGAACUAGUUUUGAUCUUUCUUAGAGAACUGGACAUCUAGCAGUGGGAAAAUUAACCCCCUCAAAUGGUGGCAUUUCAGACCUUAGUCCCUUUUUUUUUUAAAUUAAGGUAUCAUUGAUAUAUAAUCUUAGGUUUCACAUGAGCAACAUUGUGAUUUCAACAUUCAUCGGUAUUAUCAAGUACAGGCUCACCCCAUUUGCAGUCACUGUCCAUCAGUGUAGUAAGAUACUAUAGAGUCAUUACUUGUCUUCAUGCUAUACAGCCUUGCCCAUGACCUACCAAAAUUGUGAGUGCUAAUUAUAAUGCCCCUCAAUCCCCUUCUUCCUUCCUCCCCACCCACCCUCCUCAACCCUUUUUGGUACCCGUUAGUCUCUUCUUGUAGUCUGAGUCUACUGCUGUUUUGUUCCUUCAGUUUUGCUUUGUUAUACUCCACAAAUGAAUAAAAUCAUUUGGUACUUGU